AUGUCACUUUCCGGAAAAGAAUUUAAAUUAUCCAACGGAAACAAAAUUCCAGCUGUUGCAUUCGGAACUGGAACCAAAUACUUCAAACGUGGUCACGACGAACUUGACAAGCAAUUGAUUGGUACUUUGGAACUAGCUUUGAAAAGUGGUUUCAGACACAUUGACGGUGCUGAAAUCUAUGGAACCAACAAGGAAAUUGGGAUUGCUUUAAAGAAUGCUGGUUUGAAUAGAAAUGAUGUCUUUAUCACUGACAAGUACAAUUCUGGUAAUCAUACUUAUGAUGGAAAACAUUCCAAACACGAAAACCCAUACAAGGCAUUGAAAGCAGAUUUGGAAGAUUUGGGAUUAGACUAUGUCGAUUUAUACUUGAUCCAUUUCCCUUAUAUUUCCGAAAAAUCUCACGGAUUUGAUUUGGUUGAAGCUUGGAGGUACUUGGAAAGAGCCAAGAAUGAAGGAUUGGCUCGUAACAUUGGUGUAUCCAAUUUCACAAUUGAGAAUUUGAAAUCAAUUUUGGAUGCAAAUACUGAUUCUAUCCCUGUUGUUAAUCAAAUUGAGUAUAGUGCUUAUUUACAAGAUCAAACUCCAGGAAUUGUUGAGUAUUCUCAACAACAAGGCAUUCUUGUUGAAGCGUAUGGUCCAUUGGGUCCAAUUACUCAAGGAAAACCAGGUCCUUUGGAUAAAGUUUUGUCUAAAUUGUCUGAAAAGUACAAGAAGAAUGAAGGUCAGAUUUUGUUGAGAUGGGUUUUGCAAAAAGGCGUUUUGCCCAUCACCACCACUUCUAAAGAAGAGAGGAUCAACGAUGUCUUGGAGAUUUUUGAUUUCGAGUUGAACAAGGACGAUGAGAAUGAGAUUACUGAAGUGGGUAAAGAAAAGACUGUUAGACAAUUUUCAAAGGAGUACUCCAAGUUUGAUUAG